GUUGUCGUUGUCGUCGGUGAAACAGGUUCCGGAAAGACGACUCAGCUUGCCCAGUUCCUUUACGAGGAUGGGUAUUGUCAACAUGGUAUUGUCGGUUGUACUCAGCCUCGUCGUGUGGCUGCUAUGUCGGUCGCAAAGCGUGUCGCUGAAGAGAUGGAGUGUAAACUUGGUGGUCUUGUGGGUUAUGCGAUUCGAUUUGAGGACUGCACGUCGCAGGAUACCAAGAUCAAGUGUAUGUGUCCCAGUACAAAUUUCUUUGUUUGUGUAGUUUGCUGA